AUGGAACAUGAUUCAAUUAAAGAAGAAUAUGAUUCAAUGGAGGACCAUGAAGCAAUUAAGAAGAGGGAAAUAUUAGAAGAAAAUGUUACAACAAAACAUGAACGGAUUGAUUUAAAUCAAGAGUUUUCCUGUGAAAUUUGUGAUAAAUCAUUUACUGUUCGAUCUAAUUUAGUUCAACAUAAACGGACACAUACUGGAGAAAAACCGUUUUCCUGUGCAAUUUGUGGUAAAUCAUUUACUCUUCGAGCUAAUUUAGAAAAGCAUAAUCGGGCUCAUACUGGAGAAAAACCUUUUUCAUGUGAAAUUUGUAACAAAUCAUUUACUCAUCAAAACGGUUUAGACUAUCACAAACGGACACAUACUGGAGAAAAACCUUUUUCCUGUGAAAUUUGUGACAAAUCAUUUAAUCAUAAAAGCGGCUUAGACAAUCAUAAACGAACACAUACUGGAGAAAAACCUUUUUCCUGUGAAAUUUGUGACAAAUCAUUUAAUCAUAAAAGCGGCUUAGACUAUCACAAACGGACACAUACUGGAGAAAAACCUUUUUCCUGUGUAAUUUGUGACAAAUCCUUUAAUCUUCGAUCUAAUUUAGUUCAACAUAAACGGACACAUACUGGGGAAAAACCUUUUUCCUGCGAAAUUUGUAAUAAAUCUUUUACUGUUCGAGGUAAUUUAGAAACACAUUAUCGGACUCAUACUGGGGAAAAACCUUUUUCCUGUGAAAUUUGUGACAAAUCAUUUAAUCAUAAAAGCGGCUUAGACAAUCACAAACGGGCACAUACUGGAGAAAAAUCUUUAUCCUGUGUAAUUUGUGACAAAUCAUUCCCUCAUCAAAGCGGUUUAGAAAAUCACAAACGGGCUCAUACUGGAGAAAAACCUUUUUCCUGUGAAAUUUGUGAUAAAUCAUUUAAUCUUCGAUCUAAUUUAGUUCGACAUAAACGGACUCAUACCAGAAAAAUUUAAUU